AGCCACUUCAAUUUCAUUCCCGACCGCUGCCAGAAGUUCCAGGCCAACAGCAGGAUUCCUCUGAAGACUUUAUGGCUAUGGAACAACAACAACAGCAGCAGCAACAACAUGCCUUUCAAUCUCGACAGCUACUUUCCUCGUCUCAGGAGAAUCUGCUCGCCUCCUUUGGCGGCGGCGUCGGCGGCGGUGAUGGUCAGGGCAACAACGGCGGCAACGACCCAGCCGAAUCGCUGCGGCACAUCUACGUGGCACUGUACGACUUCAACAGCGGCGGCGAGAACCAGCUGACGAUUCGAAAAGGCGAACAAGUGCGCAUUCUCUCCUUCAACGCCACCGGGCAGUGGUGCGAGGCGGUGUCGCGGAGCGGGCAGAUCGGCUGGGUCCCCGAGGCGUACAUCACCUCGGUGAACGUCGACCAGCACAAGUGGUUCCACGGCAGUAUCAGCCGGAGCGAGGCGGAGCAGCUGCUGAGCAGCGGCAUCAACGGCAGCUACCUGGUGAGGGAGUCGGAGUCAUCGCCCGGGCAGAAGACCAUCUCGCUGAGGUACGACGGCCGCGUCUACCACUACCACAUCAAGAUGGACAAUGGCGGGGGAGGUGGGAGUGGCAACAGCGGAGACAGCGGAAAUGGAGGUACGCCCACUAGGCGGUACUUUGUCCGGCCGGAGUGCAAGUUCGCCACCAUCGCCGAGCUGGUGCACCACCACGGGACGCAGCAGGACGGCCUCAUCACCAUGCUCCUCUACCCGGCCACGAAGAAGGGCGGAAGUGGGCAGCAGUGGACGGCGGGGGCGGCCGAGCCGGACGAGUGGGAGCUAAACAGGACGGACAUUGUGAUGAAGCAGAAGCUGGGCGGGGGGCAGUACGGCGACGUCUACGAGGCCAAGUGGAAGAAGUUCACCGUGGCGGUGAAGACCCUCAAAGAGGACACCAUGGCGGUGAAGGACUUUCUGGAGGAGGCCUGCAUCAUGAAGGACCUGCGCCACCCGAACCUCGUCCAGCUGAUUGGCGUCUGCACGCUGGAGCCCCCGUUCUACAUUGUCACUGAAUUUAUGCCCUACGGCAAUCUGCUGGAGUACCUGAGGAACGCCGAUCGGGAGACCCUUUCCGCCCUGGUCCUGCUCUACUUUGCCACGCAGAUCGCCAGCGCCAUGUCCUACCUGGAGGCGAGGCUCUUCAUUCACCGAGAUCUGGCCGCCCGGAAUUGUCUCGUCGGCGCCGACUACCUGGUGAAGGUGGCCGACUUUGGCCUGGCGCGGGGCAUGCGCGCCCUCGGCGAGGACACCUACACGGCGAGGGCGGGGGCCAAGUUUCCCAUCAAGUGGACGGCACCGGAGGGCCUCGCCUACAACCUCUUCACCACCAAGUCGGACGUCUGGGCCUUUGGGGUGCUCCUCUGGGAGAUUGCCACCUACGGCAUGGCCCCUUACCCGGGCAUUGAGCUGAGUGAGGUGUAUCACAAGCUGGAAAAUGGCUAUCGGAUGCAGUGUCCGGACAACUGUCCGCCGCCGAUCUACGAGCUGAUGCAGCGGUGCUGGGCCUGGGAGGACACCAAGCGGCCGACCUUUGAGUACCUGUACGCCUCGCUGCUGGAGAUGUACCACAGCUGCUCGAAUGGCUGGACGGAAGCCUUGGACGGAAGUUCGCCGUCGAUGCUCAACUCCAGCGGUUUUGAGCAGUCGAACAACAACAACAACAACAAUGACAGUCCGACGGCGGGCAGCGGCCACUCAGGCAGCGGUUUCGGAUCGGGGACGACCGGCUUGGGAGCUACCGGUUUCUCCAAUGCCAAUAAUGGAAAUGGAGGUGGUGGUGGUGCAACAGGUGGCUCCAGUGGUGGUAAUGUCCCCUACAAGAAAAUGUCCGGCAGCAGUCCGAACAUUGCCGCCCACCUUUCAAUGGCCGCCGCCGCCGCCUCAGCUACUCCUUCUGAAGAUUGUGAUAUGACCACUACUGCCACCACCACUAAUGGUGGCCAGUGGCCAGUGAGCUUCUCUGCCACCACUGCUACUCAAAAUGGCGGGCAAAAGACGUCAAAAAAUUCAGUUGCGAUGAGGAGGAAUGGUAGUGGUGGUGGUGGUGGUGGUAACGGCAGCUCAAAUGCGAUGACCNGUGGUGGUGGUGGUAACGGCAGCUCAAAUGCGAUGACCGCCGCCGAGUCGAACCGCAUCAUGCAGUCGCACCUGCUCAGUAAGCUGAAGCAGGCGCCGACGCCACCGAAGCGGACGAGCUCUUUCAGAGACUCGACAUAUCAGGACAAGCAACCAGGAGACGAGGACAUUUUGAAGGGCGCCGAGCAGGCGAUGAACGGCUUCGGCGAGAGCCUCAGCUCUCUGGACAAGGCGAGCGACUUUGGCGGCUCCUGUCUUGCCUCGCCCAUGCUGCCGCAUGGAAUGGGCGGAUCAGCAGGGGCUGGCGGUGAAGAUCAGCUGUACAGUCUGUACGGCGGCUCGGACCAAGACCAGCGCUAUCCCUCGAACACCAUCUCCUCCACCUCGUCGACGCGCUCCAAUGGCGCCCAGGCGGCAGGAGGCAGCUCAAA